UAAUUUAGGUCCUGUUAAGAAUAUCUUUUUUAUGAAAUAUUGAAUAUAAUUCAUAUUACGUUCGCAAAUGAAAAUGUGGCGAAAUUUUUAUAAAAUACAUGUUACACAGAUUCGUCGUUAUACUGCUAAGGCAAAACGGAUUGCCUUAAUGCAAGAUAAAUCAAAAAUUUUAAUGUCUGAUCCUAACAAACGUCGAGUGUAUGCUUGGGGAUUUCAAGAGACUGGAGCGUUGGGACUGCAAAGUAAUGUUAAAAAAGCGAAGCAGCGGUACACAGAAAUGGUACAUCAUCCGUCAAGAAUGCAGUUUUCCGUUAACACAGAUAUAACUGAUAUUGCAGCUGGUUAUGGUUUUUCUGCUUUCGCUGUGCAACGCUCUGAUGGUCAAACACUUUUUGGAACUGGUUUAAAUACAGACUCUCAGCUGGGAUUUCAAUUUAAAGGUGGUAGUGGAGAACCAAAAAACUUAGAUGUUUUAAUAUAUCCCACAGCAAUAAACCUACAUCGUCGUCUGGAACAUGAAACCAAUGCAGAUUUGCAAGUGCGAUGCAUGUCUGCUGGUCGAGCACAUUUGAUUGUAGUUACACAAAAUGGAACGGUAUUUUCUAUGGGUAACAAUUCCUAUGGUCAGUGCGGACGACCGAUUAUAGAAAAUGAAGACUAUCACAAAAGCGCGCUAAUAUAUCGUAUACCUGAAAAAGAAAUUUGCGGAGCAGAUGAUGAAAUAGUUUCUGUAGAAUGUGGACAAGAUCACACAAUGUUUCUUACACGAAUGGGGUGUGUAUAUAGUUGUGGCUGGAGCGCAGAUGGGCAAACAGGGAAAGGAAAUUAUGACUCAAAUUUUGAAAUCGAACCAGCCAAAGGUGACAUUGCUGGUGAACGUAUUGUAAAGUUAAGCUGCGCUUCCGAUUGCGUUUUGGCUUUAAACGACAAAGGAGAGAUUUUUGGUUGGGGAAAUUCCGAAUACGGACAACUAGAUAAUAGCGAAAGCGCUGAGUGUCAAAUUAAUAAACCACGUUUAUUGACGCUAACAAAACGCAUUGGAAAGGUGAUAGACAUCGCAGCAGGAGGAUCGUUUUGCAUGGCAUUAAAUGAAGACGGUUUGGUUUAUACGUGGGGGAAUGGAAUCCUCGGAUUCGGACCCUAUGUUGAGCAGACAUCUAAACCCCAGCACUUACAGCCACUCUUGUUCGGACGCAAUGCUUUCAGGGAAAAAUCUCGUGUUAUUUCAAUUGGUUGUGGAGUAUUUCAUAUGGGAGCAAUCAACUCUGACGUUGAUCUCUUCAUGUGGGGUAAGAAUCGGUUUGGGCACCUUGGACUAGGUCACAAAAAAUACCAAUUUUUCCCCUUCAAAACGGCGGUAAACGGACAAGUGAUAAAAGUGGUUUUUGGCGUUGACCACUCAUUGGCUUUAUGUAGACCUUACAUGUGAAAGUGGUGUUCUAGGCAAGUUUGGUAGUAUUUAUUCCGUGCCUUGUCAGCUGGGCCGCAAUGAUUCCGUUAGGAAUUACAUGAAUUAUAACAAUAGAUUGGCGCUUACACAAAUAAAAACAAUUAUAAAUA